UUUGAGCUUUCAGAAAUUUAGAAGAAAUUUAGUCCAGAAGUUGAGAAAUUUGAAUUUUUUGAUUUUACUAGUUGAUGGUUAAUUACAUCUAUUGUCGUUAGAUGGUGUUUCGAUCUCCAUAAAUAUAAUAUUUAAAAAUAUAUUGAGAAUAUAAAAUUGACAAUCAGAUUUAUAAAUAUUUAUAUAUAUAUAAAAAAUUAAAAUGAGUACGAUUAUAAAUGAAUAUAUUAUAAUUCAUCGCGCUAGAAAAAUUUACUAACACGUAAUAUAUUCUCGUGAUUUUGAACAAAAAACCGCAAUGCUUUAACCAAUAAGAAAAUUGCUUAACGAACCGGUGAAUAUUGUUCUAACCAAUAGAAAAACUGUUUAAUAAACCGGUGUAUAUGUUUCUAGCCAAUAGGAAAUGGAACAUUGCUUUUGCUAUACCGGUACAUAUGAUGUCAUUUUAUUGUUGAAAAUCGACGGUGUAAGACGUGUCUCAUCCUGUUCGACAUAUUUCAUCUCAAUUAUAAAUCUCUAUUUCUCUUGAUGUCAGCGCGUUUUCCAUCCUCUUCAUCAGUUAACUCACAUUCAAUUGAAUAUGUCAACAAAAUCAAAUAAUGGAAAAGAUCGAAAAGGAAUAUCGACGUUUCAUUUUGUGCAUUAUCGUUAUCAUCAUCCAGCUUACGAUAAGAACAGUGGUGAAUAUUUAAAAGCGUGGAAUAAUCGUGGACCAUCGGUUUAGCUGUGCCCUCGAGAUGCGGUGAUGGCUUUGCUGUACAGAUUCGCGCAGCUGCCUGACAGCAGUGGCACGCGGGUCUUCUCCUUCGUCGUCACAAGAAGCGUGGUACGGGAUCCCGAAAGAGACGUAACCAGCAAAGAGCUCGUAUGCGGUUUUCAAAGAUGGUCCGUUGCGUUUUCGCGAGGGAACAAGGUUCUAGGCGCGUACCUGGUAUGGCGCGGGGCAUCGAGGAACCUGCGCGUCUACGUGGACUUCACGUUCACCCUUCUGAACCGGGAACACUUCUCCAUGAACGAGGGAUUCUCCGGGAAACGGGUCAAGUUCACGUACGAGGCGCCCGCCCAGGGCAACCGGAACUACAUCCCCGUGUCGGAUCUGUACAGCCGAAAUUUCGCCGACACGAACGGCGAGUUCCAAUUAGAAUUGUCGAUGGCAAACGUGAGGACCGUGUACAUGACCGAUCUUAAGAUGCCGGGCGGCACGUUCUCGUCGGGCCAGUCGAAGCCCAACAAAUUGGAGACCGAUUAUUUCGCCUUCGGCGGCUUCGACUGGAACCUGGUCAUAUAUCCCCACGGGAACAAGGAGCUGGAGGGUUACCGGGGCCACGAGAACGGGAUCAGCGUGUAUCUGAUGAGGAUGAGCGGGUUCGAUCAUCGGUGCAGGGUCAGAUACAGCGUCGCGUUGGGCGAGGGCGAUCGAAGGAUCGAUUCCGGCCAGAUCGAGGACCUGUCCGACGCUGAGCGCUGCGGUUUCGGCUGGCACACGAGGGUGAGGUGGUCCGAGGUGGCGCACAAAGGCGUGGUACGGGUCUCCCUCGAGAUGGUCGAGGCGAGGACCAUUUGCGAGGUCGCCGUCCAGGCUCGCGGCCCCUCCGUUCUGCCCGCGACCCCUUGCUACGAUCGUGACAAGCAGGCGUGGAUGAUCAGGGCCGACCUGCACUCGGACACCGUCAGACUGCACCUGGUCUACAAAGAUAUCCAUAACGUUCCGAGGAAUCACUUGAGGUACGUCAGUUGGUCAGCCUAUCUUCUCCGCGACGAGGAGGCGAACAUGACCGCGAUCAGUUUACCAGGGGCCCCGUUCAGCCGUUACUACGCCCAAGAGUCCGCGGACGAAGGUAUAAUAAUGGAGACGAACCUCGACACGAACGAGGUGAAGGAAAAUCACUGUCCGUUCCUGACCGACAAAGGACAAUUGAGGAUCCGGCUCGAGUGGAACGAGAGCCACUUGCUGUUCCAAGCGACCUACCACAAAUACGACGACGUGUGCCGCAUCCACAAUCAACAGAUGCGACGGGAGAUCUCCCUCCUCCAGGCGGAGAAUUACAGCUUGGAGAGGCAGCUGUUCAGUUAUCAGAAGAGCCUCGCUUAUACGCAGGCGCAGCAACAGCAGCAGCAGCAACAGCAUCAGAAUCAACAGCACCAUGGCGGCCAUCAAGCCCAUCUGGAGAGAUCCGCGUCGACGGACACCGAAUACGCCUGACAAGUGGAACAACAACAACAACAGCAACAACAACAACAACAGAUCCAACCAAACGAGCUGUCAACUGCCACCAGUUGCCGGCGACAAUUGCCUAUCGUGCACGAGGACGAUCGUCGCGUCCACCAGAACCUUGUCCGGAUGAUGGAUCGACGAUUGAGCAACGUGCAGCUCCAGCAACGGCUGUACGAAUCGGAAUCGGGCUAUCAGCAACGAUACGGCGACGGUUCACCGUGUCAGAGCAUCGUCGAUCAAACGGCGGAUCAUCAACAACAACGUCCAAGUAUCGUGCAGCAACCGAAGUCGGCGCGAUCCAGCGUAGGCAGAUCGGACAGCGGCUCGGAUCGUGGAAACGAUCGUUACACCGGCUACUAUUUGGGGUACGUCGGUCAGGCAGUGCACAAAAGACGUAGGACCACUUUCUGGGAGACCCUGACGGGUCUCGUGUGCUCAUUGGGCGCUUUGGCUUCCAGGGCUGCCAAGAUGGCCACCAGACGGGGAGAGCCACUUUGAAGAAGCUUAAGCGCGUUCUCGCGGACCAGUGGACUGGUACGUUUUACACGACACGUUUUGGGAUCACGAUAUAUCGGGGUACAAAUUGGCGAUCGUUUAUUUGCGACGUGUUGUGAACACGUGUUCGAGGAACACGUUCGAGGAGACGUGGCACAGGAGAAAUAAAUUGCUCCUGAGAGGGGGGGAAUGAAGAGUAUAUGAGUUGGACGGUGGCCGAGAGAGGUCGCUAGUUUCGCAUAUUCCUCGUGUUUACGCUCUGACGAAAGGCGUUGUUCGUUUCGAGGAAGAGAUAAAUAAGGCGUUAAUCUUAAUUAGAGGAAAUAAUAAAGAAGGGAUUUAUAUGUAUAAAGAAUCGUUGGAUUGCACGAGUUGUCUCGUAAGUCGUGAAGGAGAGGAUAAUAGAAAGAAUUUCUUUUUUCCUGGUGGCUCGUGACCAGAUUUAACCAUCAACUCGACAAUAUAUGGAUGAGGAGGAGGAGAUGGAUGAGACGGCGAGAGAAAGAUGCGAGUUGCGGGCUCGGAAGGUAAUACUCGCACGUGGACUGACCGGAUUGAUCAUUUUUCGUCCAUUUUUUUUUUCAAACGGAGUCCAGUUUGAGAGAGAAAAAAGGAAAAACGAAGAGGGCGAAUGUUCGAUUCGAUUCGAUUCGAUUCGACUCGAUUCCAAGUUCUCGACGACAAAGCAGCUCUGACGAAGAAAAAUUCGGCCGAAUGGAACCAACUUAUUGGAGCUGUUCUUUCUUGUGGAGAAUCGUGAGGAGGAACCAAAAAAGGAUUUCGCGUUAACACGAUUCGAACGCUGGAAAAAUUUCACAUACGUAUACAUACACGCAUACACUUGACAGGAAUCGAUCAAGAGAGGGAAUCGAAAGAGGAAUUCAAAGAGAAAAAAAAAAAAGAACGAAGUCUCCCUCGAUCGCUAAUUCUAUUAUACACGUACAAGAAUACGAUUCUAUCUACUACUUUGUCAAUUUAUUAAGAGAAAACAAAAAACAAAAAAAAUACCUAUUUUCCUCUAAAGACUUUUUUCACCUAUCGUCUAUGACUUCUUUGAUAAUAAAGAAUCCGUGCGCGGUGUAAUCGCCGA